GGAGUCGAGUCGAAUAAAAGCUCAAAGCUGCGCAUCGCUUAUUUCAGCUUAUUUCCCGUUGCAAGUGUGAUUCCGUUUUCAAAAUGCUUUUUUCUGUUGGGUUUUUGAAACUUUCUUACCAGUACGUUUUACCUUAAUCGUUGAUAUUUCAUGAAGAACUACUUUUCACGCUGUGCAUUUUCGAUUUCGAAGCGAUGAUCUCAAUUUUGUAGCAUUUUAUAAGAUAACAUCAUGGAUGUCAUAGAAUCAGAUUAUAGCCAAGUUUUUUCUCUGCACAAUGCAUUAUUUGCAGAAGAUAUCGAACAAGUAGCAUUUUCUUUCAACUUCAAAUCUCAAAUAGUAGCCCUAGUGUUAAGCAAUAGUGACAUUAUUCUUUGGAAGGCUGCUUCAAACGAGGAAAAUCCUAUAAUACGAUGGAUUCCUUGGAAAAAUGAACCAGGUUCAAAAGUACAAGCCAUAGCUUUUCAGCCAGUUUCGGUGGAAACCGUAGCGGAGGACAAAACUGAACUUCUAAUCAUCACUCAAGAUGGGAGUAUGUACAUAAUAAAUGUAAAUAAAGUCAUUGGCGAAGAACCUAUGCAACAGAAUUGUUUGAAAUUUCACUUGUAUCCUUCAUGUCCAAUAGCUGAUUUCACACCAACAGCUAUCGUAUGGUGGGAUUCUACUCAUUAUAGACACAAAGAUAUUGCUGUCAUAGGUGGCACUAAUGGGCAGAUAGUAUUUUUCAGCAUAACUCAUGCAUGUUACAUGACUGUUUUAAGCACAACUUCUAAAUCUCCUAUAUUUUCUUUAUCUAUUUGUUGCGACUUUUUUCGCGAUUAUUCUUACUUAUUGAUCACUAAUGACUUAAGGCAGCAAUGGAAAUUACUCCUGGAAAAAGAAGUUAAUGGAGAUUCUGUGGUUCUAUUAGCGUUUGAAGAGAAUGAUGUGCCCAGUGGUAGCAAACCAGAAAAAACUACAAAAACAUCUACACUGACUCAAAAAUCAAGAUUACAAGAAUUCAAACAAAUGUCUGUUGAAACGUUUGCUUUGCUGAAACAGAAACUCAAUGAAUCUCGUAGACCAAAUAUAGAAAGGCCACGAAUCGGCAAUGUAAACAUAGAACAUUCGGAGAUACAGUCAUGUGAUUGUUACGGUGAAGCAUUUUUAUCAGUUCAGCAAUAUAAAAAUAGACGAGUCUUGACUGGAUUGUUUAUACCAGAAUCUGUGCUAUUGCUGUACCUUCAAAGCAAAGACGCUAUGACGUUGAUACAUCACAAGUUUAAAAUAAGUCCUCUAGUCACAACUUUACUUCUAACCAACACAUUCGUUUAUGUUGCUGAUAUAAUGGAAACUCAACAUAGGAUACUCAUAUUUUCUACUCGCUUAUCAGAAUCUAAAAAAAUCGAGCCAAUUGAGUAUAACCCUGCGAGCUUUGUUCAGAGUUUCUUAUUCCCAGAAGAAGAACGAAUCAUUAAUUUAUUCAAAAUGGAAAAGAAACUUCCAAAAUCCCUGAAUGAAGUAGACGCUAGCACCGUUUCUUCUAACGCAGAGUUACCUCAGCCACGACCUGGAAUUAAGCAAGUGCGAUUGGAAGAUGAAUGGAGUGAAGCUUGUUUAGUAGUUACAAACAAGGGAAUUUACAUAAUUAGUUUAAGGGAUAAUCCAGUAGAAAUGGCUAUGGAAUCAAUCAGAUUUGACGUUUGUAUGGUUCGAAAGCUUUCCAUGAUCUUCAAUUUAUCACUCUCAAAACUUAUUGAACCUUUGACUGAUAGACUUUUGGAAGAGAAAAAAGUCGAUGAAGCUUUGGCAUUAAUUACUGCAACUGAGUGUUAUUCAGGGAAAAUGACUUUGAAGUUGGCCAGCAUGGGAUAUGUGACCGAAUUACUUUCGUAUACAGAAAAUUUAUUAAACUUUUCUGACUUGGAUUUACCAUUAGUUGAACGUAUUCAUCUGUCUAAUUUUGUGGUCACAUGUUAUGCUGAACAGUAUCUCGGAGAUUCGCAAAAUGGCACCCUUCAUAAAAGAUUCAUGAAUUUUUUAAAAACCAAUUAUCACUACGACGAAGAAGUGAAUAUUCACAUUUUGGCAAAUUAUAAAUUAUGUUCUUUUGUCCAUUUUUUGACUGUAUGGAGAGGGUUAUACUUCGACGGAAGCAUAGCGUUGACCAAUCUGUUAGUUCAGAAUCAAAGUGAUAAAUUUAAAAACGUGCAUCAUUUUGACGGAUUCUGGCAACUUUUUAGCGAACCAUCAUUGAUAGACGCGUUUGUUUUGAAUCCACGUACAUUACAUCUUCAUAUUCAGUUUUUAAGAUCGCAUUUGAAUGAAAUGCCUGGAUAUAUUUUAAAAAGAUUGUAUGACUUUUACGAUCCCACGAAACCUGUAUUGAAACCGGCUAUAUGUCGUAUGUUGAAAAUGACUAAAGAAGAUUACUUGGAAGGAUAUGAUUUUCAGAAUGACAAAUGGGGAAAUGACGCCAACAUGUAUGACUGGGUGACAAAUUUUUUGUUCCUUCAUAUUCACUUGUAUAAAUAUCAAAAUUUCGAUUACGCUUUGAAUAAAUACGUUUCCACUGUUCUUCAUACCACUAUACCUCAAAAAAAUACAACUGUUGAGACCGAAGUCGCCACAUUUCCUCCGCCUCCAGCUCUUAGUGCUGGAUUUGCGCAUGCUGCUGUGGUUAGAAAUGGAUCUCUGGUUACUUGGGGACAAGCAUCUUAUGGUUGCUUAGGUAUCGGAGCAACUUUAUCGCAGAAUUGCGCUCCUGCUUUGAACACAUGGUUUGAAGAUCACAGAAUACAAGUGAAAUACGUUUCCUGUGGCAAACAUCAUACACUAGCGUUGACAGAUAAUGGCUUAUACGCUUGGGGUUCUAAUAAAUAUGGUCAAUUAGGAAUCGGUCAAGUGGGCCAAUCUGUUUAUCCUCGUUUAAUCGAAUCAUUAGCAUCAUAUUCGAUCGUUUUCAUGGAUGCUGGCCAGUAUCACUCCUUAGCUAUUGAUGUUUCUGGAAGAUUGUGGACUUGGGGAUGGGGUGUUUAUGGUCAAUUAGGUCAUGGCGACACCGAUGAUCAAUUUUACCCAAAACUAGUUGAAAAACUGAAAAAGAAAUUUUCUGUCAGUGCCUGUGGAGGCCAAGCUCAUUCGAUAGUUUUAACGAAAAACGGUAAAGUUUUCACUUUUGGUUGCAAUACUUACGGACAGCUUGGAAUCGGUACCACAGUGAAAAGUUCCACACCUGUUAAAGUUUUUGGAAUACAAGAAAAAAUCAUUUCAAUUGCUACCAAUUAUUUUCACAAUCUUGCUCUCUCGGAUACAAACAGAUUAUACACGUGGGGUUGCAGUCCUCAAAUUCUAAAACUUCACGCGCAAUCACAUAAACGAGCUCGUUCCAUGCAGAAUUUUCAAGAAAGAAAUGAAAAUCUAGAAUCAGCGAUGAAUAAUGAAGAUAACGUAGUAGUUAUUGAGAAUCCUCCUUUCGAACAUUCAGUUACGCCUGUGGAUAAUGGAAAACAUCUAAGCCCCACGUUGGUGGACACAACUCCCGUCCAAGAGAAAAUUUUACAGGUUUCUUGUGGACUUUUUCAUUCGGCUCUAUUAACAACCAAUAAUCAAAUCUAUACUUGGGGGCGCAAUAUGGAUGGACAACUGGGCAACUGCAAACGUCAAAAUGAAAUCACUUCACCCACUUCCGUCAAUAUUUUUUCAAUUAAAUUACUACCUGCUAGUAAACAACAGCUGGAUUUAUUGAGUAGGCCAACCUGGCGAAUCACCUGUGGCAAAGAUUAUACUUUGGCAAUGGAAAUGGAAAGUCGUCUUUUUGGAUGGGGCAAUAAUUGCUGUGGUCAAUUGGGAACAUUACCCCAAGAGGAUAUCAGUAUUAAAAGAUACCUAAAUGGAAAGUUUAUCGUGAACAAAUAUGCUAAAAGAAUGAUUAAGUUGUCACAUGGAGGCAUAAAUAUUAUCGAAAAGCCUAUGGAAAUACAAAAUUUCCCCAAAGUACAACUGAUGUUCAAUAAUGAAGAAAAUGAAAGCCCAUCUUCGCAGGUGGAAUGUGAUUUAGAAUUACCUGGAGUUAGCCAGUCAAAUUUUCCUAUAAUUGAUACAAAAACGCUGUUUUCCGAAUUAAAAACUUCGAGGGAUCAAAUUUUACACUAUUAUUUGGAAGUUUUCCAUAGAUUUUAUAAUGUAGAGUUUCUGUUGAAUACUUGCGCGGAAAAUAAUAAUUACCAAGCUGUAUCGAAGAUGUGCUGCUUAAAUUACCAGUUUUAUGACGCUUUCUUUUUCGGCCUAAAAUCUUUACUUCUGUACGUGCAAGAGAAUUAUAUUUUUAGCUCAUUCAAAAAUAGUUACGACGGGCAAUCGAAAAACAGAAUAAUUCCGAAAAAUAUCUUAAAAACCAAAGAGAAUAUCGAAGAUGAUGCCAAUUGUGGGAAAAAGGGAGUGAUAUUUGAAUUUAUGGAAGAUGUUGUUAUGGAGGCUGUAUAUAUGUUUGAAAAUUUCUACAAAAUGAUUCUCAAAUUUACUCCGGAUAAAAUAGGACCAUUUUUACGCAAAAGUGUAUCAGUAUGGAUAGCUUGGGAAUUACCGCUUCAACCCUUGGAAUGUUUCUUUUCUGCGAAUUGGGACCAAGUUUCGUAUCCUUUAGCUGUGUUUCUAUUUUGUGAUCAUUACAGAUCUUUAACACACUUCAACGAUCAAGAUCUGAAAAAUUCUAGUCAAAUUGAAAAUACAUUGAAAAAGGAAAGAAAGCGAUAUAUUUCCACGUAUUUACAAACAAAAAAAUAUCCAUUUUCCAGUAAAACAAAAUAUCCAUUUAUGAAUAAUACCGAUUGUAAAGCGUGUUAUCAGAAUUUAUAUCAGUAUAAGUCUGACGCUCAUUUGGAACCGGAUGACCCCAAGUACAAACUCAGUUCUACAGAAAUCCUUCAAAAUCUAUCGGUCCAGUUUACUUUAAAACUUUGUCACGUUAUCAUCGACUCCAUGUCAGUAAAAACCAAUUCCGAAUACGAUGAAUUUAUUCGCUUAUUACACGAAGUUGUGUUUGCGCCUAGCGUAUUGAAAUCUGACAACAGAAACGCCGAUGAGGUUCUUUCUGCUGUAUUUUCGGCUUUAUCAAGAAAUCAGUCGUCUAGGAAGAAAUUUGUUCACAUAACUUACAACGAACUACACGAACAACCUAUAUCGAAUAAAUUUGUCGUAUUUUCUUGCGGCCAUUAUUUCAUCAAUCGAAGUACCUUUGAAAAAGAGGUGAACACGGUUGUACGCGAAUUAGAAAGCUUGCAUUUAGUCAGCACCAGCGAACUUGUGAAACGAUUGUUCAGCGAUCUCUGCUAUACUACCUGUUGCCCUAAUUGUCUAUUCCGAUACGUGGAGUACGAGAACCAUUGAUGAAAAAUAAUUAAAUUUAUUUAAUUUAAGUAUGUUUGCUUCACAAUUAUUGUUCGCACCGGUAUCGGUAUUGAAAUCGUACGAUAAACUUAUACGACUUUUAAUUAAAUUUACUUCGGAAUAUCGUUCUUGCGGAGGAAAGUUCCGUCAAGUUGACGCAUAUUUUAAAGCAAGGUAGACUCAUUUGAGGAUUUCUAAUGUAACGAAGUAUUAUUUCGAAUACGCAUUUCGUCGUAUUGAGGAUUUUCGAAGCGUUAUUUACGUACCUACGUCUACGAACAUCACAUUUUGUCGAAUAUUUUGUUGUGAUCUUUUUACAGUUUGUCAUCAAAUUUGAGGGUUUUCCGUCCAAAGUGUUGAAUUAAGUAAUCGAAGUGAAUAAGUUUCCAGUAUUUCAUUUCCCUUUCUAAAAAAUUAUGUGACACCUUUCAUCCCGAAUAAGGUUUUUAUUUUUCAAAGAUUUUGGUAAAGGUCGCGUAUUCUGUUACCUAAUUUCCAAAAUUGAAAAAUGCGCGGUUCCGAACGAACUUGCACAAUUGGCCACUCUUCAGUAGAAUCUUUAAGUUUAUUGUUGAGCCUCGAUUCGUUCAAGCAGAAAUAAUCUCUAGUUUUUCGAUGGACUAGAAAAAAUGUCCUAUUUUUAAAAUUUUUAAUCACUUUCAGAAUCUACUUGCCAGGACCUCAUCAGUUUUGUUCAAAUUUUUUAUUGAUGAAUUUUGGGGCCAAAAGAGUAGGUACCUAGUCCAUAAAAAAAUUCAACUGCCCAAUCAAAAUACAUUGAGGGUUCUGCAGAGGUUCAAAUUUGCUAAAAUAUCCAAAAAUGUCAAUAAAACUGUCAAAAAAUUGCAUAAAUUACGAAAAAAAUUAAAUCAUUAGUUUUGCCUGAGAAAAUAUUGUUUCCGGUCAUAUUUCAACUAGGUACAUACAAUCAUGUUUCGAAGCUCAUUUUAUGUAUCAGUAAGGAAAAUAAUAUUUUUGAGAGUCCAAUUUUUCAAAAAAUUGUGUUGAAUUUUAAAAAUUACUACUCACUGGGCAGCUGCAACUUUGAGAGCGACCACCUUAUAUUUUAACCUUAUUUUAACUACUGUGCUCUGAAUUCUGGUGCUUGCCGAAUAUGUACAAAAUGUGAGCAAGGAAGGUCACUGUGAAUUGAUGAAAUAUGUAUUCUCAUUUCUCGCCGAUCUCAAAUUAAAGUUACCGGAAUGUACUACUACGUUAUAAUGAAUCAAAAUAACGUGGUAUUUAAUAUUCAAAUCGUAACCAUCUGAAAUGUAUAACAUGUAAAUCAUUUUCAUAGUAAUACAUUUUUUUUAUUAUGUAUUGCGAUGUAAGUACUUGCUGCUGUUACGUGUAUACCUACCUAUCGAUUAUUCAAUAUGUAUUAUUAGCCUAUUGUGUUUUUUGAUGUUUAAAAAAUAAAACCGCACGAAAAAAAAACCUCUCAAUAUGAAA